GGCCCUCUACUCCUUUCCCAGCACUUGGUCUUCCAUCUUCAUUUCUAUCAACCUCAAAUUUCCAAUUUGCGCAAUUUGCAGAGAAGAGUUUUCAGCCCUGCGAUCGCUGUUCACGUCGAAACCCACAAGUCUCCGGCUACUAAGUCCGCUUCAUUAGGGAUCUCAGGCCUUGUUGAACUUCUUGUGGUAUGGCAUCUAGGCGCAACGUCCAGUACAGCCGUCUUGCUACUGAUGAAGACGAUGAUUAUAGUGGGACGGGCAAUGACCGUCGGUUUGACUAUACACCAAGGUCUUUCGAUAAAGUUCCAUGGAAAUCCAUAUGCCUUGCUCUUUUCCUUCUUUCUCUUGGAUCAUUGCUUCUCUUUCUGUCCUAUUUCAUUUUCACUGGUCACAUGGGAGGGGAGAUGUCCCAAGCCUAUGGCCUUCUAGCUCUAGGAAUUCUCACCUUCCUCCCAGGCUUUUAUGAGACUCGGAUUGCUUAUUAUGCAUGGAGAGGUGCACAGGGGUUCCGUUUUGCAUCCAUUCCUGACUACUAGGCUGUUGUUGUCUUCAAACUUUUGCGAAUAAUGCUGUAAUGGUGACACUUUCAGUAGACACGAUCAUGUAGAAUCCACAUUGUAAAGAGCCACAUGAAAGAUAUUUGUAGCUUGUUUGUUUCUUUGUUGAGAAAUGACUCGUUUGCAAAUGACUUGGAGGUUUUUAAACAGCUAGUGAACACCCACUUUGUUCAUACUUCAUACUACGAUUGUUCCUAGGCUUUGAGGUUGUAGUACAGUUUAUCUAGCCCCUUCUGAAUCAACCUUAUC